AUGUUUUUUACGUAUGUUGUUCGUCCUGGCGAAGCCCCAGAAGGCCGUGGGCCCCAAUUCGAGCCUUUUUGGGAUUUUUUUAUGAACUUUAAUUUACGUAUUGGAUUUCUUAUUCAAUUUAUUUCCUACACGUUGUUAGUUUGUUCUAUAACCUUGAUAGGAAAAAAUCCCUUUGGUAUAUUAAACUUUUUAAGAGCAUUACCAGGCAGUGUUGGAAAUGCACCAAUGCCUCUUGUCCUCUUUAGCAUUGGCGGAUUUUUAUUAGGCACUCUUCUUAUAAUGUCAUUCUUGCAGCUGACGGAGGAUGAUAGCAGUAUUAAGCAGUCAAGGGGUUACAGAGCUGGAACUAAAUUUCUGUUGCAAGCCACAUCUAUGGGUACCGUAUCAUGGAGUUUGUCUUUAAUAUGUUUAAUGGCGUCUUCGUACUAUUUCGAUGAUCCUUGGAUGGAGGAAAAAAUAGGAGCUGGUUCAUCAUGGAUUUUAUACUUCAGCUCUCGACUAAUAGAUGCUUUUUGUUUAUUUUUAUAUGGAUCUGGUUGUUUCUUUUUGGAAGUAUAUCAUUCUGAAGGUGCAGGAGAAGCUUGGGGAUGGUUAUGUGGAAUGUGUUAUAUAGGUACAUCUCUUGUAGAAGUAUUAGGAUUAACAUUAAUUAACACCCCCCUUUUUGCUUCUUUAGAUUGGUUCUAUUGCCUGUUUUUAGGUCUUAGUCUUUUUUUUAGUGUUGUAUGGGGAUUAUUAUUUGAACCCAUCAGUCACAGAUAUGAUGUAAAGUUAACACAAAGUGCUAUGAGAAAUGAAUAUUAUAAAUCUAGAAAUGCCAUGGCUUAUUAUGGGCCUGCUGUAGUAACUGCAAAUGGGGAACUGGACAUUGAAGCAUCUGCUGAUAAUGUACCAUCAUGUAAAUAG